UACAAGAGUUGUAAAGCAGCUUUCUCUGCUGAACGCAGCCAAUAUCUUCUUAUCAGGAAAGCGCUAGCAUAAUAUGCGUUUUUGUGUGAAUUUAUACAAUAGUUACUGCGGUCUGAUAAACUAGUUUAUGAACGGUCAUUUGAAGAGUAAACUCUAACAAUUGCGGACGAUCCAGGACGUAUCAAAGGGGCAUAUAGCAGCGAUAAGGAGAUAGUUGGCAGUUUAUUUAUUGAUGUCGUUAUAUAUUUUGCGCGCAUGAUUCUCGACCGUGUCGCUCGUUAAACUGACGUAUUUGCUCGCGUAUUUUCCUCAAAACGUCAAGGCAUUAAAUUUUCCUUGUUUUUCCGGCAAUUUAAUCUUGAUAGUUCAAUGUUAUUUCUUUCGAUCUUUUUAAUUCUGACUCCACAAUCUCUAAUCCUUUAACUUCAUAAAUUUUACUCCCUGACAAAUAUUUGCACAUUUUCAACUUCUGAUAUCACCAAAUUUUUCUUUAUUUCUAUCAUUAUGAUUCUUUUAUUAUAUUCGUCUUAGUUUCAGUUUGAGAGAAUUCGCAACAUUUGUUAUCUUAAUUUCGAUGUUCUCUUAGUUUUGUUGAGUUUUUCAUGUUAAUUUCAGUAUAUAAUUUUGCAAAAUAUUCCACCAAGAAAUUGAUUGUUGGAUUAAUGGCGACUAUGCCUGUCAGCUGCGUGUCUUUAUCAGUAUGAUAAAUAGGUGUUGCGACACAACAUAGCGAUUGUGUGACUUUUCGUAUUACCACUAUAGCGUAGUGAUACUGCAGGAAAAUAAGUCGUGUGCCGUUCAGAUAAGGCGGACAGGAGGUGCAAGGCGAAUGAUACGAAUUUUUUCUUUUAUAUGCAGACAGACACGUCUCAAGAGUCACUCGCACUGCACGAGCGGUCGACACAAAAAUUCCAAGGAAGUACUCGAAGAUAAGUUUCAAGAGCCUGCAGAUAGCCGUGAGAAUAUCAAUGUAUUAGACUCGAGAUAUUUUGAAUUUCUCUCUGACAGAAUUAUCAGGGAAUCGGUUGUGAUAUCAGACAAAAUCCUAAGUCUAAGAAUAAAUGAUAAGUGUGAAGUGCUUGUUUCGAGGUUGAUCACCGAAACGAAGUUGAAUCACAGUGUAAGAUCGUGACGUUUAAAAGAACGGUCUUCGUCGUCGUUCGUCACCUUGCGUAGGCUUCGGCGUGUGAUGAAUGAAACGAGAAAGCUACUGUGAGACCGAGGUGGCGAAGAAAUCUUUCGUUCACGCUGAAGAACCGAUUACGCGACGGACAGGAGUUGCUACAUCACUUGAUACUUAAUUGCCGUGUAUUCGAUCAAUUAAUCGAUUGUGUUGACUGAAGUGGCGAGUUCGCGGCAAGUUAAUGCCGCGUGUAAGGACUGAUGGAUGCAACGAAAACGAAAUCGAGACCAAACCCCAGAGAGAGGGCGAACAUCUUGUCGGUGUUGCUAUGGUGCUGGACUAUAAACCUAUUCAGGACAGGAUACAAGAAGAAUCUCGAAACAGAUGAUUUGUACGAUCCUUUGAAAGUUGACCGAUCGAAUUUACUCGGUGACCGAUUAGAAAAACGAUGGAAGAUCGAGUUGGAAAAUUCGAAGAGACGGAAACGUCGACCGAGCUUAUUGAAGACCAUUUUUCGCACAUUCCUAUGGGAGUACUCCAUGCUGGGAUUGGUGCAGCUACUCAACGAGUUCGUGCUAAGAUUGGGCACGCCGUUGAUGCUGGGAGGUCUCCUGCGCUACUUCCGCAAGGACUCCACACAGUCAUACGAAAUCGCUUUGUGUUACGCGGCUGGAAUUUGUUUGGCAACCGCAAUAAACGUUUUAAGCGGCAAUCAGACGAUCUUCGGCGCAUUCCACGUGGGCGCGAAAGUUCGCGUGGCCGUCUGUUCCGUGGUGUAUAGAAAGGCGCUGCGUCUGAGCAAAACCGCGCUGGGAGAGACGGCACCAGGAAAAGUGGUCAAUUUAGUGGCCAACGAUGUCAAUAGAUUUGAUCUCGUCACUAUUUUCAUCCAUUACAUGUGGUCGGCACCUCUAUCCGCCAUGAUAGUGGCAUAUAUUCUCUACGUGGAAGUCGGAUACGCUGGUCUUAUCGGCAUCGCCGCGAUCUUCGUGGUCGUGCCGAUUCAAUCUUACACCGGCAAGCUCUCGUCCAAAUUCCGGCUGCAGACCGCCAUCAAGACCGAUGAGCGAGUGCGACUGAUGGACGAGAUCAUCUCGGGGGUGCAGGUGAUCAAGAUGUACGCCUGGGAGAAGCCGUUCUGCGCCUUGGUUGAGCUGGCGCGCAAGUUGGAGCUGCGGGUUGUCACCAAGAGCUCGUAUAUCCGCGGUAUCUAUAUGACUUUCAAUCUCUUCAACACCCGCAUGGCGCUCUACUGCACGCUCAUCUCCAUGCUCCUGUUCGGCCACGAGCUCUCCGCCGACAAAGUUUUCGUCAUCUCGUCCUACUUCAACGUUCUCGCUCACACCAUGUGUGGCAUGUUUGUGCGAGGCUUCGCCGAGCUGGCAGAAUGCAUGGUGGCGAUCCGCAGGCUCCAGCACUUCCUCAUGUACGAGGAGUUCCAGGGCAACAAUAUCGUGGUCUCGAAGAUGCUAUCCAGCAGUUACAAUGGUGGGAUCAAUGAGUACAAGCAAACUUUGAACAAAACACCCAAGCAGGACCUGCCUUACAUCGACGAUGAAGUGAGCAGCCACGAGGUUCGCGAUGAAGCUGACUCGAAGAAACAGAACGGACUAGUGAUCGUCGCCAGUGACUUACUGAGAAAUACUGCCAGUAUCAUAGAUGAGAAUAGACGGUCUUCCAUACACGAUGACAACUGGAGCGUCAAAAUGACCAACGUCACUGCCAAAUGGGAAGUCGGCCAUUCGGAGAACACAUUGGACAGUGUGAACUUAUAUUUAGAAAAGGGUAAAUUGUACGGAGUGAUCGGUAUGGUGGGUAGCGGCAAGAGUUCGUUCUUGUCCGCCAUUCUGAGUGAAAUCACAAUAGUAGAAGGCAAGGUGAAGGUAAACGGCGGCAUAAGCUACGCUAGUCAGGAGGCCUGGGUGUUCGGCUCCACCAUCAGACAGAACAUCCUCUUCGGCCAGACCUACGACCGUUACAGAUACCAAAAGGUGAUUAAAGCCUGCGCCCUGCAGAAAGACUUCCAGCAAUUCCCGCAGGGCGACCAGACCAUCGUAGGUGAGCGAGGUAGCUCGUUAUCUGGCGGUCAGAAGGCCAGGAUCAAUUUGGCUAGAUCCCUCUACAGACAAGCGGAUAUCUAUCUGUUGGACGAUCCUUUGAGCGCGGUUGACGCACAUGUGAGCAAACAUCUGUUCCAAGAGAGUAUACAGAAAUAUCUGGCCAAGAAGACGAGAAUUCUGGCCACGCAUCAGUUGCAGUACAUAAAGGGAGUGGACGGCAUAAUACUGCUCGAGCAAGGGAAAGUGAAGUACUUCUCGCGCUAUGAAAAUCUGUUGGAAUAUCGCCCCGAGUACGGGGAGCUUGUAUCGACCGGGAAGAGCGGCACGGAGAUGAGCGACGAUUCGUCCAUAGAAAGAAGCAUGAAACGGCAAUAUUCCACCACGAGUAACAGAAGUCGCACCCCGGAACCCAGCGGCACAGACGAAGAGGACACGAUAGAGGACGAAGAUCUCGAGAAACUAGGAAGCGGCCUCGAAGAGACGUCACGCGGCAUGGUGAAGGGUCCUAUAUUUAUCAAGUUUUUUCAAACCGGUGCCAAUCUGUGCAUGGCUUUCAUCGUUCUAUUGAUGUUCAUUAUCACACAAUUUGUGGUCAGUUUCAACGACUACUUUGUGCCUAUCCUGAUCACUGUUGAGGAGAAUCGGCACUACUUGGCCAAGAUGCAAACUUACAACCUUACGGAUGACAACAUAGUGAACGCGACGAGUUCCGAUACGAACGCGUUAUCGAUGCACACGUAUAUCUAUAUUUACACGAGCAUCGUGUUGGGCAUCUUUAUCGUCGGCAUCACUAGAUCGCUGUAUUUCUACAAGACAUGCAUGACAUGCAGCCAACGGCUGCACGAUUUGAUGUUCAGCGCACUGAUCCGUACGGGGAUGCGUUUCUUCGAUACCAACCCGAGCGGCAGGAUCCUCAACAGGUUCUCCAAGGACAUGGGCGCGAUCGACGAACUGUUGCCUAAGGCGAUCUUAGACGCCGGCCAACUGAACAUGAUGAUGUUCGGCGCAUUAAUAGUGACUUGUGUGAUCAAUCCUAUGUUUCUGGUGCCUGUCGCGUUCAUCAGCAUCAUAUUUUACUGGAUGAGAAAGAUCUACCUCAAGACCAGCAAAAAUGUCAAGCGGUUGGAAGGAAUCACACGGUCACCAGUGUUCACUCACUUGAACGCCACUUUGAACGGCCUGACGACUAUUAGAGCGUACUGCGCUCAAGACAUACUGAAACGAGAAUUCGACAACCUGCAAGAUCAACACACGUCCACCGCUUACAUGUACAUCGUGACGAGUACGGCGUUUGGAUUUUUCCUCGACAUAUUUUGCUUCGUCUUCACAUCGCUCGUCACCUUCAGUUUUCUGAUUCUGAACAAUUCAUUUUCCGGCGGCGCGGUCGGACUGGCGAUCACGCAGGUAAUGGCCAUGACCCAAAUCAUUCAAUGGGGCAUGCGACAAAGCGCGGAGGUGACUAACCAGAUGAUGGCGGUGGAACGCGUGCUUGAGUACAUUCAACUUAAACCGGAACCGAAUCUCAAAGAUCGCGGGGUAUGCCUAAAGUCGAAAAGAAAGGAGUAUGUGGCACUGCCAGCCGCUGUUCCAUCAUCCUGGCCCAAUCAAGGCUGCAUCAAGUUCAAAGACGUCUAUAUGCAUUACGUAGAUGAUCAUCCGCCAGUCCUCAAAGGAUUGAACCUUGUGAUUCAGCCUGGACAAAAGAUCGGUAUCGUGGGGAGAACGGGUGCGGGAAAAUCAUCGCUGAUAGCAGCGUUGUUUCGAUUGGCAAAAGUGGAGGGUACCAUUGAGAUCGAUGGCGUGGACACGGGUAUGAUCGCCUUGGAUGACUUGCGACGCAAGAUAUCCAUCAUCCCCCAGGAUCCAGUUCUCUUCUCGGGCACUCUGAGACGUAACCUGGACCCUUUCAAUGAAUUCCCCGAUUGCGACUUAUGGGCAGCUCUCGAGGAGGUUGAGCUGAAAGAUGCAGUCGUCACUGUUGGGAACGGUUUGGAAGGUCGCGUGUUCGACCGAGGCAGUAAUUACAGUGUUGGCCAGAGGCAGUUGGUCUGCUUGGCGAGAGCAAUUCUGAGAAACAAUCGUAUAUUGAUGUUGGACGAGGCGACCGCGAACGUGGAUCCGCACACGGAUGCAUUGAUUCAACGUACUAUCAGAAAGAAAUUCGCAACUUGCACGAUGUUGACAGUAGCGCAUCGAUUGAACACCAUUAUGGAUAGCGACAAAGUGCUGGUGAUGGAUAAGGGUCGCCUAGUUGAAUAUGAUCAUCCUUACGUAUUACUACAAAACAGCUGUAGUCAAUUUACUUCAUUAGUAAAGGAGACCGGUCGAGCUAUGCACGAUCAACUGGUUAAGAUAGCGAAACAGUCUUAUUGCGACAAGUAUGGAGAAACAUAACGAAGAGUUGAAGAAAGCUUAAGCGUUAUAUAUCAAAUUUCUCUACCAGCUAAGCUCUUUGACUUCCCGCUUUGAUCUCUGUGAUGUAGCUGGGGCACAAGUGGAUUGUUCAGUGUUUUUGAUAUACAUUUAUAAUAAAGGUAGAAUUGUACGGGGAGGUUCAACAAGCAAAUGUAUGAUUGCACGAAUGCCGAUGGGAAUUUAGCACGAACAGUUGUGCUGCCAAAUCAUCGAUAUACCAAGGGUCGAUGUCCUAAAGAGCCUUAGAUUCUACGUUAUUAAUUAGGUCUGUAUCGUUGUAGUGUUAUGAAAAUAGCGAGAAAUGUAUCUCGCAUUUUUCUGCAAACACGAAAGUUUAUUGCGCGCCUUUCUUUGGGAUAUCUCGAAGACCAAAUAGUUCUGUUAAGUAUUAUGUACUGUGCAACGUUAAAGCGCAUCUAACGUACAAGAGGAAUAAUAUUUUUGUAUCGUGUUCAACAAAGCGCCAACGCGUUGCAAUGUUACUUACACUCUUGCAUCGGAACUUCCGAGAGUACAACGUUGCUUGCAAAAAAACGCCAAGUAUUCGAAUACUUAUAUUUUUCUACUCUAUACUUCGCGCACUUCCGGAAGCCACAGGCAUCUCUGUAAUAGCUCUUGUGAUAAAACGAGCAUACGUCGAACUAAAUCGUUCCAAGCAAAAAUCGCGCGACCUGAAUACGAUGAUGUACGAUGAUAAAAUAUAUUUUAAGCGCGAUGUAAUUUAUCGCGUCGGUCGCGAAGGAAAGCUCGCUGUUGCUUUUCGAACGUUUCGGCCCUUAUUAUACAGCACCUUAUUGUAGAAUGGGUGCACACUUAGACAAGUUUUCAUUGCAUGUCGUAUCAGUGCUACGAAUAAAAUAAUUUGCCAUUGUAUAAAGCAAUCAAUUCGCAAAGCCGCCAAGUCUAUUUCUCUUCAAGGAUUAAGAUUCUGACUUUGAAGACAAGAAAACACUCUUUUUAUCGCAAACUUAAUCAAUUAUAUUUAUCGGCACUAAUUAUUGAUAAUAAUAUACAAUUUGAUAAUAUAGUGAUGUGGUGAUAAUAAUUAUAUAAAAUUAUUAUUCUUCAGUAAUUGUAGCGAUCAUAAUCCAUAUCAUUAUAUUCGAUUUUUCUUUUCUUAAUGAAGGCACUAAGAUUCAUAUGACGAACGACUUAAGUAGCUUACUUUGUACAGCGAUAGAUUGAACGAUCAAUUGAACGUACAAACAAAUACUCCAAGUCUGCUCGAAAGCGACAUACUUAACGAGAGACAUACUUAACGACUACACUUGAAGGGUCUUUUACUUUUGAAUGGCCAAAAAAAUAAGCUACAAUAAGGAAUAUUUCCUGGAAAAACUACGCAACAUAUCGACUUGUAACUUGGCAUAUUUAUUAUAUAAGUAGAAAGUAAUAUUAAAAAUAUAAUGUUUGAAAUUUAUAUAUAUAUAUACGAUCGUGUCUAAAACUUAAAAUACAUAUUUCUUAAAAUCAUAUUUUCAAACUCGCAUGAAGUGGAAUACGCAUUUUAAGUUUAAAGUAUGAUUAUAAAGUAAGUUAUUCGACUUUUUCGAAUAACAAUUAUAUUUGUAAUAUUCCUUUCUACUUAUAUAAAAUAAACAGAAUUAGAUAAGUUAGUAUUUCCUUUUUUAACUAGGUUAAUAAAAUUAUGGAUUGGUAUUCACAAUGUAGUUAAUACAUUUUAAAGUUAUUAUAAAAUUUAGUUAAGUUAAAAAUUAAUCACAUGCAAAGAAAUAUAUGUUUGUUUUCAUAAUUAACUUUUUCAUAGGUUAAAUUUAUAUGAAAUAGUGAAAAAAUAACUGUCUAUAAAAAAAUACUGACUGUUUUAUGCUCAGAUUUCCAAGUGAAAAAAGAAUAUUAGCGUUUAAAGAAAUGAAAACAAAUUCUGCUCUCUGCCAUUAUUUCUGAUUUCUUUUUAUUCUGCAUUUUAAGAACAGCCCGUAAUGAUUUUAAUAUUGGUAAAUUAUUUCAACUUUUAAAGUUGAAGAAAUUAAUAAAGAAAUUAAUAAGUUAAUGUGCUUUAAAAUAACUAGUCUAAGUUUAAAAUUGAUUAUUGACUUUUUAACUUAACUGUUAAUUGUUUAGCUAAUUGUUUCAAAAAUUAGUUGUAUCAAAUUAGUUAUAUCAAAAAUCUCGGACAAUAAAUAUGCCAAGUUACAAAUCGAUAUGUCGCGGAGUCUUUCUAGAAAAAUUUCUUGAAUAUAACUUAUUUUUUUGGACGUUCAAAGGUAAAAGACCCUUUAAUUUUUGUUAUAUAUAGACGCAAAAGAGAUGGAGCUCAAUAUCUUUUACUGGCAUUUAUUGAUGCAACUAUUAGCACAAUGAAAAUAUCGAAAUAACCAUCGAAGAAAAUGUAUGAAUAAGCGAAUAAGUAUGUAAUGUAUAUAUUAAGUAUUGUUAAAUGGUAUACGAACAUAUAAAAAUAUAAUAUUAUUUUACAUAAAAAA